UUCAAAAUCUGAAUUUUUUAGUUUUUUUACUAAUAAGAAAUGAAAGAUUUUAAUGGUCAAACUUGUGCGUUGGCACAUGUGAAAAGUUAAUAGUUGCAAUUUAAAAAGAACGGAGGAAGUAUCAAAUCAAUAAGAAAAAAUUGACUUAAUUAGGACUAAAACAUAGUGAAUAUUCCAACUUAGGACUUAAUGUUUUAAAUUCCCUAAAUGGGACUCCCUAUUACUAUUUUACCCCUGGUAUGUUAAAUCCCUAAAUGCAUCGGCAUCUCUCUUCCGCAUCAAUGGCCCCAACUCUCUCGCAUAUCAAUCGGUCUCUGCUGAUCUCCUCUGCCUCCUUUUCUGGUCGAUCGCCCAGACCUCUCCCAUGUCCGCCGGUUCCAAGCUCCACGACUCUGGUUGAAAUAUGUCCAGAGGAGGUAGCCCCAACAAGAAAGAUGUCGACACCUCCAGGGGAGAACUUAACAGUGACGGAUGACACCGUAACACUAUUCUCACCAGAGGGAGAGGAUAACACCGGCAGUCUUGUCGGUGGAAGCGGCAGCGACCUCGCCGGUAAGUGGCGGCGACGGUCUUGGUGGCGAUGAAUGGCGUAGAGGAGGGUAUUAUUGGUGGCGAUGACGGUCUGGAGAGGUCUUGCUGCAAAUAGUCGGGGGAGGUGCAACGAUCAUGGCCCUAUUGAAUAUGUUUUUGUUUUUGUUUCAUUAAGGGUAAUUUUGUCCAUCGUUACAAUUUUGGUCCUAUUUUGAUCCAUAAAACAUGACAGUCUUAUUUGUGCAAUUUUACUCUAUUUUAGUCCCAUUUAGGGAAAUCUCUCAAUCAAUAAUUAUCUAGAUCUCAUUUAAAUUAACGUUUAUGUUAUAUUACUCUGUAUAAAUUAUUCAACUCAAGUAUUCUCUCAAACCUAUUCGAUCUUUU